AACUACAUUAGUUCUGUUACAAGUUGGAAAAAAUAAAUAAAUAAGUAAAUAAAAAAAAUAAAAAUAAAAAUAAAAAUGGUUUGCUGGAAAGACUUGAUCAAAAAUGGGAAAGAACAUAUCAAUAAAAAUUAAACCAACCAAAAUGUCUUUGCUAUUACUUCUGGAAACCUGCAAGAAAUCCCCUUCUUCCAUAAAACCUCACUGUGUCCCCUAUUCUUUACAUUUCCAAUGUCGUAAUUUCAUGACUCGUCUACUUACUUGACUCGCUACUCUAACUUAAUCACUCUCUCUCUUUUGCAGCCUUUUCAUACCCAUAUACGACCUGACGGCGCUUCCCCUCUCUCUCUCCUUUGACCUUUAGUCAACACGCUACCGCCAUUUUCUCUUAUAAAUUUUAAAGAAAAUUAAAAAGGGUACAGUACCACAGUAAAAAAAAAAUUAAAAUAAAAAAAAUACUGAAAAAAGCAAAGUGGAUUUCAGAAUCUGGGUACCAGCCAAUUUUAAUAAAGUGCCAAGAUUUCCUCCCCAGAUUUUCAUUUUUUUUCAAAGGACACACAAAAAUUAAAAUUUUAUUAAAAUUAAAUUAAAUAAAUAAAUGAAAUUCCACCUUAGUAUAAAAAUUCCCCCCACUUCUUCUCUUACCUCAUUCAUUCCCUUUCUUUCUACCUUUUCUCCUUCAUCUUCUUCCCCUCACCUUAAAAAAUUUAUUAAAAUUAUAAAUUCUCAAAAAUAAAGAUAAAUUAAAUUUAAAAACCACACAAAUUCACUUUCCUUUUUGCUCAACAAAAGUUUCCUGAAAUUAAAAUAAAUAAAAGCAAUUAUACACCGAGAGAUUCGUAUAAAGAUGAUGAAUAUGGCUCGGAACGGCGUCGUUUCGAACCGGCGAUGGAAGUCGGAAUCAGGAAUUGAUCUUCUAGAUUCUCAAACUGAAGCUCAUGUUUUAGCUGUCGAUGACAGUCUCAUUGAUCGUAAAGUUAUUGAAAGAUUACUCAAAACUACGUCGUGUAAAGUUACAGCGGUUGAUAGUGGAAUGCGAGCUUUGCAGUAUCUUGGAUUGGUUGAAGAUCAAAGAAGUUCCGUUGUUGAUGGGUUGAAGGUUGAUUUGAUUAUAACUGAUUACUGUAUGCCUGGAAUGACGGGGUAUGAACUUCUCAAGAAAAUCAAGCAGGAAUCAUCAACUUUCAAGGAAACCCCGGUUGUUAUAAUGUCAUCCGAAAACGUUCUGGCGCGAAUCGAUAGAUGUUUGGAGGAAGGAGCAGAGGAUUUCAUACUAAAACCAGUGAAAUUAUCCGAUGUAAAACGAAUUAAAAACUACAUGACCAAAGAAGAAGGAUCCAACGGCCGAGAAAGUGGGAUAAACAAGAGGAAAGAAAGGGACGGUUCAGAUCAAUCCUCAGAAUCACAAUCACCUCCUUUAUCAAGAUCUACAUCGUCCGAUUCAUCAACGUCAUCGUCGUCGUCUUCAUCGUCGGAUUCUCCAUCAACACCUCCCUCUUCAUGUGAACCGUUGGAUUCACCCAUAUCACCAUCGUCACCUUCUGGACCGUUGGAUUGUCUUACUCCAUCUUCACCUUCUCCUGAACCAUCUCAGCCGUUGGAUUCUCCAACUAGACGGCUUAAGAUGACCCCGUCUGACCUGGCAGGGCCCACUUCUUGAUCACUUGGUCCGGUUCAGGUUGGGUUUUUUAUUAAAAAAAAUUUCGAAAAAGCCGUCCAAUUAAUGUCUUUUUUUUUUUGCCAGCAUUUUGCAAUUUACGGGGUACAUCUAACGUUUUUUAUUUUUUUUUUUUUUUUUUUAUUUUUGUAUUUUCGAUUUUUUUUUUUUUUAAAUUUUUUUUGGGAUAUUUCAUGGAAAAUUACAGGAUACUUGUUAAAUUAGCUUAUAUCCCUUUAAUUUCCACUGUAAAUUAAUGGAACCACCUAUUUUGUUUUUUGUUU